AACGUCAUUCUGAAAGAACCGAGUGUGAGAGAGGGGGAGAAGAGCAGCGCAUUCCUUGAGAGAGAAUCCUACCCUUUUCUUCUCUCUGCCGGCUUGCAGCGAGGGAGCUCAGCUCGUGCAGCAGAUGCAUGAAAUUUGGUUCAAAUUGAGGGAGAUUCGUGGUCUGUAGGGAAGUUGGGACAGGAUUUUAGGCCAUUCUAAAGAGCGGUUACUGCUUAUCACAGUUAGUACCUGGCGUCGUGAAGCCAUUUAAUCUUUUCGUAACUUUUUUGCGUUCCGUUUUGUGACCAUGGGUUCACAACGGAUACACUUGUACGGGUGUGCAAUGCUCAUAGUCGCGGUUUUCUGUCAACGAUGUCAUGGAAGUUGCCCGGAGAAGGAGUUGGAAAAAAGGGAAGAGGAGGCGAACGUAGUUUUGACUGGUACCGUAGAGGAAAUCAUGAACAUGGAUCCUGUGCACAAUACCUACUCUUGCAAGGUGAGAGUUUGGCGGUACUUGAAGGGUAAGACCACGGUCAAUGGGGAGAUUCUUCUGGACGGCGGAAACAAGGUGAUGAUCGGUGGCUUCGGGGACCCGGGCAUCUGUGACAACCAGGUUGCCACGGGCGACACGCGCAUUUUCUUUGUGAACCUUGCCCCGGAGUACAUGUGGCCGGCACACAAGAACGAGCUGAUGCUGAACUCCAGCCUCAUGAGAAUCACGCUGCGGAACCUCGAGGACGUGGAACACUGCGUGGACGUGGGGCGUCUCGAAGUCAGAGAGAAGCUCUUCAGGUGA